AUGCCCAACGAGAGGACGCCGCUGAUUACCACCCAUCCGGUCGGUCCUCAGAGGCAGCGGUACCCCCACAAUGUCGCCCGCCGCUUCUGCACCAUAGCCUUGUCUUCCACUUUGAUAUGGGUAUUAUUCACCUGGAUCACAACCGCAAUCUUGGGUCGUGGCCCGGCCCAUCGACACCAUGGCCACCACGAUGACUGGUCGUGGCCCGGCCAUGAGAGUCGCCGGUUGGAUGACGAGGGCCUCCGCAAGGUCCUGACCCAGACCCCGAGCAGUGAGCUCUGCGAGGAGUGGAGUCGUUACUACACCUCUGGACCUCACCUCGCCGGCCAGAACUACUCACAAGCCGAGUGGACCAGGGACAAGUGGAGGUCAUGGGGAAUCGAUUCGAGCAUCAUUGCUUACGAUGUCUAUCUGAACCGUCCCGUCGACCAUAGGCUGGCCCUACUUGAGAAGGCGGCAGGAGACAAGCAUGAUGGGGACCAGUCCCUUUCCAAGUCUAGCUGGAAAGUCAAAUUCGAGGCUUCUCUCAAAGAAGACAUCAUCGACGACGACCCGACUACGGCACUCAACAACGCUAUCCCAACCUUCCAUGGGUACUCGGCCAGCGGCAACGUGACCGCCCAGUUUGUCUACGUCAACUAUGGUACCUACCAGGACUUUGAGGAUCUCGUCAGAGCGAAUGUGACACUCAAGGGCAAUAUUGCCAUUGCCCGCUAUGGUGGCAUCUUCCGGGGGCUCAAGGUCAAGCGUGCACAAGAGCUUGGCAUGGCCGGCAUGGUCAUAUAUUCCGACCCUGGGGACGAUGGUUCCGCCACUGACGAAAAGGGAGAGAAACAGUAUCCCAACGGCCCUGCACGCCAGGCCAGCAGCGUUCAGCGCGGCUCGGCACAAUUUUUGAGCCUCGCACCCGGUGACCCAACCACUCCCGGUUAUCCCUCUAUCCCCGGUGCUCCGCGUCAAGACCCGCACGACGCCAUUCCCAGUAUCCCCUCCAUCCCCAUCUCGUAUGCCGAUGCCAUCCCUAUUUUAAAGGCACUGAACGGGCACGGUCCCAGCUCUGACGACUUCAACAAGUAUUGGACCCGAAACCGUGGUCUACAGUACAAGGGCGUCAAGUACAACGUGGGACCCUCGCCGCCUGGACUGGUCCUGAACUUGUACAACGAGCAGAAUUACACCACUACUCCCAUUUGGAACGUCAUCGGUGUCAUCAACGGCACGAUUGAAGAUGAAGUCGUUGUGGUUGGCAACCACCGGGACGCAUGGAUAAUCGGUGGCGCAGGAGACCCCAACAGUGGCUCUGCCGUCAUCAACGAGGUCAUUCGUAGCUUCGGCAAAGCCAUUGAGAGUGGCUGGAAGCCACUACGAACGAUUGUGUUUGCUUCCUGGGACGGCGAGGAGUAUUCGUUAAUUGGCUCAACCGAAUGGGUCGAGCAGUAUCUCCCCUGGCUGACCAAGGUGAACGUGGCCUAUAUCAACACCGAUGUCGCAGUGUCCGGGCCGAAUUUCAAGGCUUCAGGCGCGCCACUGCUUGACCAGCUAAUUUAUGACAUCACAUCACAGGUCCCUAGUCCCAACCAGACGGUCAAGGGCCAAACCGUGAGAGACGUGUGGGAUGGCCGUAUAUCCACCAUCGGUAGUGGUAGCGACUUCACUGCAUUUCAGGACUUUGCAGGCAUUCCCUGCCUCGACAUUGGCUUCACAGCCCGCCCGGACGAUGCGGUCUAUCACUAUCACAGCAACUAUGAUAGUUUCUACUGGAUGCAAAACUUUGGCGACCCGGGCUUUGUCUACCACCGCACUAUGGCCCAGAUUUUGGGCCUUGUGGUUGCCAAACUGGCCGAUAAACCUGUCAUACAGUUCGGUGUUAAGAACUAUGCCGAUAAGCUGUUGGGUUACGUCAAGAAGGUUGAGGACAGACUGGACGCUGCCAUGGCAGGCAUCACCUUGCAGUCCCAGCCGGAUCUGAGCGCUGAACAGCAUCUAUUUGAACUUCGCGCGAGCCACCAUGUGGAUACCAUGCAGCCCAAGGGCACCGCAGAGGGCUUCAAACGCGAACUGGCACGCCUGCGGGAGGCUGCCAAGAAGUUUUCUCAGAGAGCCAAGGCCGCGGAUGAUCUCGCUGACAAGCUUAGGAAGCGUGUGGAAGACGAGUUGCCCUGGUGGCAAUGGCCUGCCAAGAUAAAAUUGGGGUGGGAUGUUCGUAAGCUAAACAACAAGCUAAAAGCCGUCGAAAGACAGUUCUUGUACGCAAAGGGACUGGACGGAAGAAGCUGGUUCAAGUCUGUCAUAUUUGCUCCAGGAUUAUGGACUGGCUACGCCGGUGCCGUGUUUCCUGGUCUGCAGGAGAGCAUUGAUUCGAGGGACUUUGAUAAUGCUGUUCGCUGGGUGGACAUCAUCGAGGAUUGUAUCUACAAGGCCGCCGAUGUGUUGAUGCUCGAGGAUGGCGAGUGA